UGUCCAUUCAAAUGACUAACUUUGUCGGCUCUGUUGUUCGCCUGUUCUUAGAAGAGGGACAAUUCGAGGGCACCGUCGUGUCUGUAGAUGCAAAUUCUAAGAAGUUAACUUUAGAAAAAGUGGUCAACUGUGCGACGGGACAGAGACUUUAUGGCCUCCAGAGGUAUUAUGGACGGGAGAUAAAGCAAGUCAGUGUGGUCAAAAAGAGCCAAGAAGAUCUACCAAGAGAAACAGAGACCAUGAACAGUGAAGAUGUCGACAACACAGACUUUACUUACGUAUCACAACUGGAUGAGAAUUUCCAUGAAAUUGUUAUGAAGCUAAGAGAAGAGACGACGAUUGGAAUGGAGGUGAUCAGUGUUGAUGUGGAUGGACGUUCUCUUUGUAUCAUUGAGGUGUCGUGUAACAGUAAAGUCUUUCUGUUUGACGUCAUGAAACUUGGUGUGAGCUGCAUAAAACAAGCUUUUACUGAAAUCUUGGAAAGCAACCAAAUUUUAAAGGUUUUCCAUGAUUGCAGAAAUGCAUCUUCCAUGUUCUAUCAUCAAUGUGGCAUUACUCUUUGUAAUGUCUUCGACACUCAGGUAACUGAUCUUUUUAUCAGAAGGAACAUGACAAGACAAAUCCCAACCCAAUCUCGAAGUCUUAUUCAAUGCAUGGUUGAGUAUCUUCAAUUGAGAGAUGAGGAGCUACAGCUUAUUGAUGAAUUUAGUAAAACUGAUCCAAGUAUCUGGCAGGAACGACCACUACCUGUUAGACUUCUUUGUUCUGCUGCGAAGACAGUUGAAUAUCUACCAUUCCUGGCUGAUGCUAUGCACGAGAGAUACAUGCAAGACUUAAAACGUGGAUUCGACGUCUAUCUUAAUGUAGCACGAGUUUCCAAUAUGCCACACCCACACAAAGGACAUAGAAUCAUUCCAGAGUUGUCUGACGUCUUACACAGCAAGCAGACAGUUACAGAUAAACCUUCAACUGUCAGACAUCUAAACGGAGCCUCUGAAAGAGCAGAAACCAAUAGGAAUGAAGAGGAGGAUAUUGACUGUAAUAAGGAGAGUUCAGACGAAGAGAGAGCAUUGAGACUGCGAAGAGAGCACGAAGCGAAAUGGCUAGACGACACGAAGUCGUUGAGAGCACAAGCAGUGCCAACACAAACGAUGACAAAACGACAAGAGACGCUUCACAAGCAUCUCGAACAACUACUGAAAGAUCACGCUACUGACAUUAGAAUGGAUAGAGAGAGAAGCCCAAUAGGCACACAAUCAAAUGACUCGACGACGAUCGAAGAACAAGAAACAGAAAGCGAAGGAAUGGAAGUAGCCGCUGCAUGUGAUGUCAACCCAGCUUAUUUGUAUGACCCUUGGUCAGCCAACCCACAAGUCGAUAGAGAAGAACAACACCCAACGUAUUUGAACGGGACACGAAGGGAAUUCGAGAUUACGACUCAAGACAAGUCGACGGAACGUUUAGUUGGCUGGAGGUGGCCGACAGAGAGACAACUGCAGAGGAUGACGAGGAAAGGCGACCAGAAGCCGUUAGGUGUUUAGUAGACAGUUUAGUGAAUUGAAAGUUUGACUUUUUAGUUUAGGUGGAUGACUGACUAUUGCAUGUAUUUUAAAAGCUUGGCCAGAGAGAGACAAAUUUUAGUUUGUUU